ACGGGCAUGUUCCCAGACACAGACAGCAGAGACCACCAGACCAUCACCAUCACCACAGAGGCAAGAGAGAGGAGAGAGCUGCCUGAACCAUCACAGAUUACCUUGGCUAGCAACUACAGACAGACAGAUAAUCCAGAGAGAAGAACACCAAACACAGAGACACCAAGACAGACAGAUAGAUAGAGGAGUCCUAGAAGCUAACUGAGGUGAUAAAAACCGAUAUAAGGACAGAACUUCACCCACACAGAACCGUGAUAAUGCAGGUGUGUACCGUUGUUGAGAAGCGUGCUGGGGCCGUGGUGGGGGCUGAGCUGGCCUGCAGCGUACAUGAAGAGAACCAGGCUCGGAGGGAGAGCUACAAAGCUGACUGGAACAGUGUUAAUAUGAAGACCCGGGCCAUGGACAGGCAGACAAUGAACAUGAACGAUGACUCUCAUAGUGAGACCUACACUCGUCAGUGGGAGGCUCGCUCUCUGGCCCAGGCCUGUCCCUCGGGGGUGUACAGAGUGGGCACUGUGGAGAGGGGUGUGAGAGAGCACCAGCUUCUGCCAAAGAGGAACACCCUGCCGCUGCCCAUCUUCACCCCUGCACAGCUGGGCAUCCGGCUGGGUCGCGGAGCACCGCACACCCAGGAGGACCUCCGUCCCUUCCCCAUCCCAGAUGGUGCCUGCCCUGGCAAGAGGGCCGUGGUUGAGAUCACACAGGACCUGCCUCCCGCCAAGCCACUCAGGAUGGAGUUCGCCAAGGCGCCCAAAGCACUGGGCCGCUCCGUGUCACAGGAGGCCCAGAGAGGGUGAAGGAAGAGGAGAGGAACAAUGGACGUUAGAGUGAAAGGUUAACUUUGGGGCUCAGCCCAUCAGAUAACAGCAUGGAGGGAUGUAUAUAGAUUUAUUCCUAGUGACAUUUAUUCCAUCCCUAUUCCCUAGUAGUGCCGUCACACAGUGUAUACCUUUCCUGUUUCAUUUAGUAUUACAUGUAUACUAGGGACAUGUCCAAUUUCAUACUGUUUGUUAUACAAGGUAUUAUUUGCUUAGAGAUCUGAUGGCAUCUUUUGAUUGACAGAAAGGUGUGUUUCAGCUGUGCCAUCAACUAAUCUCCCUGUUGACUGGUAAAGACCAGACUGUCCUUGUCACGUCUACACACUGAAUGAACUGCCCCUGCCCCCCUGCCUGGCUAAAGCCAGCUGUGGAUAAGCCACACAGCAUAGUAUGGCAUUCUGACCGCAUUGUGUGCAGUGGUACAUUCUGACAGCAUUGUCAUAUUAUGGCAAUGACACCUCACAGUAUUGAGACAGCAGGACAUUUAAUAUGCUCAAACAAUGUGCUUAUGAGGAUGUAUUGAGGAUAUCAAAGACUCUUCAAAAGGGACAGAGUGGGAGAGAGCAGAAGAGAAUUGGAACUGUAGAGAGGAACAAGAAAGUGGGCACGGAGGGAGGGGUGGGCUCAACAUACCUUGGCAUCCAUCCCUCUUCUUUCGUAAGAAUGGAGAGCUGGUGAGCCUCCAGACCUUCAGAAGUCCUUGUACACUCUAAUCCUGGGUGAGAGGACAGAACGGUACAACAUGAUCCCACACUGGGAACCCAGACAAAGGAGCCACCUGGGCACAGGCGUCAAUUCAACAUCUAUUCCACGUUGGUUCAAUGUCAUUUCAUUGAAAUGAUGUGGAAACAACGUUGAUUCAACCAGUGUGUGCCCACUGGGAGGUUUGUGUGUGCUGACAUGUCUGGAUGGUCCCGGGUCAGGACUCAAGUCAUUGAUAUAGACUGACUACUUGUAUGAUCAAGACUUAUCGUAUAUAUUUAAAACAACGUGUCAUUUGACAGUGUUUGAGCUGAUCUGCCCACCUAGCUGUGUGUUAAUGUUGACAUCUGAAGUACAGCAUCUGAUGUAUCUGGUAGAGUUAGUGAACAGAUCAUACAGAAUGAUGUGAGUCUCUACUGUUGUAGAGGAAAGUGGGGUAAGUUGAGCCAUUUCUUACAUUCAGCAUCACUCUGUCAAGGGAAAUAUAGUAUUCUUUCUAACAAAGAUGUCUACAUGUAUUUCAGGAUGUUGUGUAUCCCUGGAAAUAAAUUGAAUUCAUGUAAACAUUGUAAUUUUCCCCAAAAAAAGGGGUCUCUUGGCACAACUUAUUUGAGCCGGGGGCCGGGUAAGUUAAGCCGUCUACAAAUUUCAGUACUGAAUGAAAUAUUACCACUAACUGUUUCCCAAACACAAUUCAACACCACCACAAUCACUUUUUUUUGUCUUGUAAUAAUUUGAAGCAUCUUUUAACACUUGUCAUUGGCUCAUAUUGAAGCUUAUAGAGACCCAAAAUGAUGUAUAGAACCAUUUUUACCCCACUGCCAUUGGCUCAACUUACCCCAAGGCAAACAUUUUGACUAAAUCAGCCCACACAGCUACAAGAAUGCACUUUCAUGCUAGGUUUAGGACCUCAUAUUGAAGCUUAUAGAGACCCAAAAUUAUGUAUAGAACCAUUUUUCACAGACUCCAUGAAAUUAUGACCUCUUCCUAAAUAUUUUGUCAAAUGAUUAAUUUGGUGUAUGGCUUCCAAAGAAACAACUAACCCGUUUGGCUCAACUUAUCCCACUCUCCACUAUCUGUUUUCAUGUGUUGGGUUUAUAUUUUUGUAUAAUAAAAUCUGAAGUGCUUUUCACUUUA